AUGUCCUUGGGCGCCGCCGUGACCGGUCGCGGGAGCUCGGAGGCCAGCUCAGGGAAAUUCAGGUGGGCGGCCUCCCCCUUGAUCGUCAGCGCCGCCACGUCGUGGGCCCGCGCCGCCAUUUCUGCCGUCGGGAAGGUCCCCAGCCAGAUCCUUGACUUCUUCCUCGGCUCCCGGAUCUCCGACACCCACUUCCCCCAGUUCCGCAUCCGUACUCCCCGGUAUACAUUCCGGCGCUUCUCCCCCUUGGCGCCGCCGUCCGCAGCCGUGGAACAAGAAGAGUACGACGUCGUCUCCGCCGCCGGCGAGGCGGCGGAGACGGCGGCGGUGCCGUCCCCCACGACGGCCUCCUCCAUGGCAGAGAUGGGGGGGCCGUCGACCAGGCGGCGGAUUAUAUAA